AUGAUACCCAUCGGAACAUCAGCAUUACUAGAAGCCAAUGAGGCUGAAAAGAAAGAUCCCAAAGAAUGCAACCACAUCUAUGAUAAUAAGAAGUCACAUGGCAAAGGCCGUAGUAGAUUCAAGGGACGUGGCCGUGACAGCUAUGGCCGGCAAGGAAACCACAAUAACCGUGGUCGUGGUUCCAGCCGUGGCCGAGGCAAUUAUGACCGUGGUCGAGGUGGCAUAUCCAAACCAUCUUACUCGACCAUAUCAGAUUGUCACAGAUGCGGGAUGGAAAACCAUUGGGCAAAGAAUUGUAGAACCCCUAAACAUCUAUGUGAGCUCUAUCAAGAGAGCCUUAAGAACAAGAACCCGGAAGCCCAUAUGGUUCAUGAUACCGGGUAUGAUGCUGAUGAUGAUUCCGACCUUGAAAGGGACGACCUCUUGGAUUUUGAGACUUCUAAUUGUCUCAAAGACUAA